ACUCAUUUCAAAAUGUUAAACUCAGAGUGCUCAACAACAAAAUAAAAUAAAAAUCCAAAAAGCGCUUUAAACGAAGCAUUCAAAAUACAUUAGCGAAUCAGUUUUAGUUGCCUGAGUCAGCGCAUAACAACAAAGAACAGCAGCAUUAGCCUUGAUUGCUUACAAACGAAUUCUUUAGAAAACGCAAAUAGUGCCCCGAGUGGAUUUUCCGCACCUAAAAUACAAAAAAAAAAUACAAAAAAAUAAAAAGCAGCAAACAGUAGUUUUCAGUGCUUCAACUGAACCGUUAUAUCGCCAAGGAUUGCCGCUGUUGCUGCUGCUGACAACUACAGCUCACUCUUCAAAAGAGCGCCAAUAGCAAAAGCAACAGUACCAUUUGCAUACAUACAUACAAAUCCAACAGCUGUGUAACAACAUCAACACAAAAUUGCAGUGUCGGUGAGAUGACGCGUUUCAAAAUAAAAAACCUGAAAAUGCUUACCUGCUGCUGCCUCAGCACCUGGGUUGCCCUUUUCGGCGUAUUGCAUUUGGUACGUUGUAGUGAAUUUCCCGAACGUGAAUGUUGUGAUCUGACGACCACCUCAACAGUUGGGCCGCUGCCAGUGCCGCCGGCAGCAGUGCCAACGGACAAAUCACUAUCGGCCACAGUUGCCGUGCAGACAAUAUCCGUCGGACGAUCGGGUUCUAACAUAAAAGUUGCGUCGGCAAUACUGAACUGUAUUUUAGCGCGACAGCUAUGUUUCGAAGAUCCCUCGUGUUCGGCUAUUUUAGAAAUAAUACCCAGAGUAUGUGGGCCUAUACCAGUUUCAUGCAGUACAGUCACCGUGACAAAAUGUCAAGCCGCCUUAAGGACACUACAAGCCUUUCAAUUCUUUCGUCCAACCUGCCUUUGUAAAGAGCCUGGAAUGGAUCCGGAUUGUAAUCAUUUCCGGGAUUUUCUUUUCGAUCAUCCAUGCGGAUUUGUGCUUAAAAAAGCCGAAAAGGAUCCAUAUCCCAUAGAUGCAUUGCCAACGUGCAAUCACGCACUAUCUGUGUGCCAGCAGGAGCGUAAAUGCCUGAAGCUUUUCGAGGAUUUCAAAGCGCAUUGUAAAGUGAGAGACAAUAAGUGCAAAAUGGAAAACAGAGAUGCGUGUCACGACUCGUGGACAAAUUUACGCCUAUCGCCCAUGUUCGGCUGCAUAUGUCCGAAUAAUCAUAUGAAAAAACGCUGUGAUCGUAUAUUUAAUAUUGUUAAUCACAAUCCAUGUGUGGAUAGAUUAAUAUUCUUCCCGGAUGGUGCCAUACCGAAAUUUAAACAAAAACAAAAGCAACACCAUAACCGCACAACUACAACAUCAUCAUCUUCAUCAGCAUCCUCUGCAGCGAUAGCCGCCAAUGCCACCGGUCAUCAACUUUCGAAUAGUAUUGCCUCGGACGAUGAGGAUGAGGAGGACGAUUACGAUGAUCGCAUUCGCGCUGAAAUCUAUUCAAAUUAUCCACAUUAUCUACACCCACCGUCUUGGGGUCUAAACAAUCCGCUGGUAUUGGCCUCACACUCACCGCACACAUACGACGAUGAAGAUGAAUCAAUGCUGGAAGUGCCGGAGCAAAAGCAACAAUGGCAGCGGCAACAAAUGGCACACAAAACUGCCAAAGAUAUUGGUGGUGCUGUUGCUGCUGGUGGUGUUGAUGGUGAUGAUGUUGUGGUGCUGUUGGACACCGAUAACACUGGUCGUCACUUUGCCGGUCUCGGCGGUAGUGGCGGUGUUGGUGUUGGCAUUAGUUUCGGUUUGUCGUCCGGUGUGUUUGAUGAGUCCAUAACGGAGCAUAGCAAUAGCGGCGGCGGCGGCGGCGGCGGCGGCAAUCACGGCACGCAUCGUUUGCACGAGUAUAUUGAUGGUUUCACUUUUACCGCAUCACCGACUAUCGCAUCCGCACCAGAAUCUGCACUUCCGGCACCACCGACACAUUUGCACCACAACAAAAAGCACCAAAAAACUGCAAUUUCAAGCACAAAUUCGCACAAAAGUAUGCAUCCUAGCGACGAAAUAACCACCGGCAGAGAUAAAUUAUCCCACCGUUCACGCACCUAUAAAGGUGACAGCAUGGAUGAGAGAGUCAGAAUAAUGGGCAUGGACGAGAAAUUGCAUCUGAAAAUGUUCGAAGACAAUCUGGCGCUCAUUGAUACGCCUCUCAUAGCGACAGCGACGAGCACCCACUAUCCGGGCACGGUGACAACCUCGUUGCAUACGCUGCACGGCAUACUCUUGUACCCCUUCAAUGUGAGCGACUUCCAGCAGCGUCACGCCGCCCCAGCUGGCCAUGAGUCCGCCGCCGGCGCUCUAGAUGUCAUCGACACUGGCAACUCGUACGGCUACGAUCAGGCAACUGGACAUAGCAGUCAUGGCCAUAGCCACGGCAGCGCCAGCGGCAAUGUUUACUAUCAAAGUGGUCAGGAUGUCGAAGUGGACCUCUCAACGGAAAUAAUCAAGCAACACUUUCAGAGUACCUGCCACACUGCAUUGGACACAUGUCGGGAGGACGCGUCAUGCUCGUCGUCUCUGCAGCCAAUGUUGAUGCAUUGUGAAAUGCACCGUUGCAAUCGCAAUGCAUGCAUGACCUCACUGCAAGCCUUCUACAAAGGUCCUCACGAGGAUUUGAAUUUGGACAUUGCCUUCUGCCUUUGCAAAAAAACAACGAAUCGUCACGACAUGUGCAUGAUUGCACAGGAAAAACUCCAUCCAACUUGUGCACAAAGGCCAGCCGAUAACAGUAAUCAGCAAGGUUCAAAUGGCAUAUACUACCACCCGCCACCGUCCUGUCACUCGGUGGCAGAGAAUUGUAAAGAGGAUCGUGAGUGCAGGCUUAAAUUGGAGUACUACGAGCAGGCCUGUGCGGUGGACAGCGUGACAAAGAAGUGCGCUGGGCGACCGAGUGGCUGCCGCAUUGCCAUGAUUGGCAUACUAGGCACAAUGUUGCGCACAACCUGCGCCUGUCAGGGCACCGAUCCGCAGCAUCUCUACCAGUGUGUGGGCUGGCGGCGUUUACUCUGGCUCAAUCCGUGUGUUGUCGAAGCUCAAAAGGACUUCCACAUGAAACGUCUCGCCGAAUUGGGUUACCUAACGACAACAACAACCACGACCACAACCACCACUACAACAACAACCCGAGCGCCGCCACCGCCUCCACCGCCGCCAGUGCUGACGACGGUUACCACCACAACUACACAUCGCCAACCGCCCACAUCGCCACGGCAGACAUCACGCAAGCAGGCAACACACAUCUUUCGGGGAUAUCCGCCAAAAGAGAAAUCGGAACCCACAUCAAUGGAGGACAAUUAUAUCGAACAGCCAGAUUCGAUACCCUUGCAUAGUGGAAAUGAUGAAAACGGAAAUACCGGAAAUGGCGAUUAUCACAGCGGGAAGGGGAAAGGCAACGGCAACGGCAAUGGAAAUGGAAAUGGCAGAAGUAAUGGUAAUGGCAACAAUGGCAGCACUACUAGUGCUGCCGCCAAUGCUGCACGCCAUGGCAAAAAUGGCAAAAACAAUAAAAACGGCAAGAAUUCGAAACAUAACAACAACAACAACAAUGGAAACGGUAAUAGUAAUGGCGGCAAUGGCAAUGGUGGCCAUGGUGCUGGCGCUGUUCACAAGAAUGGUGCUCACGACGGCAACGGCCAUGUCGCAACAGCGGAAGCUAAAGACGCUGGCGCAGCAGUUGUGGUAGCUCGUGGUAAUGGAAAUGAUUUUGGCGAUUUCGAUGAACAAACGAUUUCAGGAGAACAAAUCCAAACAACCGAAUAUUUAGAAAAGAGUGUAACAGAACCGCCAGCCACUACGACCACAACAUUGGCGACCACAACAACAACGCAACCGCCAAGAAAUUGCGUUGUUCAGCGUCCACAUCAAUCAGAUCAGUUAAUACGUGAAGGAUCCAGCAAGCGGAUAUACUCCUUGGACGAUGCUGAAUGCAGCGAAUUAUGCAGCUGUGGGGAGUCACUAGCGCUCACCUGCCAUGCUCUCUGCGUGCCUUUUGCACCCUGCCGCACUGCAUUGGCAUUCUACAGUCAUGCAUCGCCCGCAUAUCAGGCAUUCCGUGGACGUUGUCUCUGCUAUUCAGGUCGUUUUAUAUGCAUGAAACCACCGCUGGGCGAAUACACGCUGCCAGGCGGUGUCUUUCUAUUACUUGGCUAUAGCUCUGCUGAUGAAGCCCUCCUGCGUCCACACACAAAUCUCGGCGUACAAGAUGCUGUAAGAGCAUUGCAGCAAUAUGUUACUACACACAUAGACAACCAGACUCAAUGCACUCUAACGCUAUUCAAUAUGACCGAUGAGAAUAUCAUAAUUGCCGCUCGUCUGCCACAUGAUGCUAAACUCAAAGCCAUUGAACUGCUGGGCAAAGAGAAGGACGAGUGCACUUCUAUACUGAAGACCAUUAGCCAUCAUAUCAACACUGAACAUCAUGAAUUGCAAUCCCACCGACUGUUGAGCAUUUUCAAAAUGUCCGAAGUCGAAGUUGUUUGGCCAGAGAGUAGUCAUGCGUCCGCACAGCUGCACAAUGGACCCACAGCGUGCCUGCUGCCACUGGCGUUGCUGGUGUCUAUCAUCAUAACAACGCUGCUACGUGAUGGCCGCAGCUUGCAGUUGGGGAGCGGUGUGUGGCGCGGUGAAGGCUACGUGCCAACAACAUGACCAAUGGCGCAUACGUAAUCACAAGUAAGAGAUGCACUACAUAGCAAGCCAUAAAAAUAUACUACUUAUAAAUUAUAAUAAUAAAAAUUUGUACAUGCAUAAAUCGGAA